CAGCUGACUGUCUCUUGCAGAGCUGCCUCGCAGAGAGCAGCAUGGCUCUGUGCUGUGCUCUGUGCCUACUGCUGCUCUGCUGCCAGGCUCUGGCCCUGGGCGGAGGGAUGCUCUACCCCAGGGAGUCCGCCUCCAGGGAGCUGAAGGAGCUGAAUGGCCUUUGGAGCUUCAGGGCUGACUUCUCGGCGCAGCGGGACAAGGGGUUUGUGCAGCAGUGGUACCGGAAGCCCCUGAGACAGAGUGGGCCUGUGAUCGACAUGCCGGUACCCGCCAGCUUCAACGAGCUCACUCAGGAUCCCAACCUCCGGCAAUAUACUGGCUGGGUUUGGUAUGAGAAAGAGGUGCUGCUUCCCAGCAGCUGGCUUCUGAAUGCCCUCAACACUCGUGUGGUGCUUCGGGUUGGCAGUGCCCAUUACUACUCCAUAGUGUGGGUCAAUGGAGUGCAGGUUACGGAGCAUGAAGGGGGCCACCUCCCCUUUGAAGCAGACAUAAGCAGGAUUGUUCAGGGCAGCCCCGGAGCUCUGUGUCGCAUCACCAUUGCGCUCAACAAUACGCUGACACCUCAGACCCUGCCUCCCGGCUCCAUUCAGUUCAUGACGGACGAGUCUAAGUACCCUAGGGGUUAUUUUGUUCAGAACACAAAGUUUGAUUUCUUUAACUACGCUGGAAUUCACCGGCCGGUCGUGUUAUAUACAACCCCCUCUGUCUACAUAGACGACAUCACUGUGACUACAGCCUGGGCAGGGAAUAUUGGUGUGGUACGAUACCAGGUUUUGGUGAAGGGCAACACCCACUACUCCUUGUCACUGAAUUUACGGGAGAAAGAGGGGAAAGUGGUGGCUACGGCAGAGGGACUGAUCGGGGAGCUGAAAGUAGUGGAGCCAAAGCUGUGGUGGCCUUAUCUGAUGCACGAAAACCCCGGAUACCUUUAUUACUUAGAGGUGAAGCUGUCGGCGCAGGUGGGCGGUGAGCUGUUGGAAGAUGUGUACACGCUCCCCGUCGGGAUCCGCACCGUGCAUGUCACCAGCAGUCAGUUCCUCAUCAAUGGAAAACCCUUCUACUUCCAUGGAGUCAACAAACACGAAGAUGCUGAUAUCCGUGGCAAAGGACUGGACUGGUCCCUGAUCGUGAAGGACUUCAACUUGCUGCAGUGGCUCGGGGCCAAUUCCUUCCGCACUAGCCACUACCCCUAUGCAGAGGAGAUCAUGGACCUGUGCGAUGCAUAUGGCAUUGUGGUUAUUGACGAGUGUCCGGGCGUGGGGAUGAAAGAUCCGGAGAACUUUGGGAACAAAUCACUGGCACACCAUCUCUUGGUGAUGGAAGAGCUGAUCCGCAGGGAUAAGAACCGGCCAUCGGUUGUGAUGUGGUCUGUAGCCAAUGAGCCAGCCUCAGAGCUAUCGCCGGCAGCUAACUACUUUAAGACAGUGAUAGCUCACACUAAAGCCAUUGAUCCUACCCGACCCGUAACCUUUGUGUCAAAUGCUAAUUACGCUCGUGAUCGCGGUGCUCCAUAUGUGGAUGUAAUUUGCGUAAAUAGCUACUUCUCCUGGUACCAUGACGCCGGCCAUCUGGAGGUUAUUCAGCUGCAACUCAAUACACAGUUUGAGAACUGGUAUAAAGCCUACCAAAAGCCAAUUAUCCAGAGCGAAUAUGGAGCAGAUACUAUUGCUGGGCUUCACAAUGACCCACCUCUUAUGUUCAGCGAGGAAUACCAAAAGGCUGUGCUAAAGGAAUACCAUUCAGUAUUUGACAAAAAGAGAAAGGAGUAUGUGAUUGGGGAGCUCAUCUGGAACUUUGCUGAUUUUAUGACAGAUCAAGCAACCACUCGUGUUUUAGGAAACAAGAAGGGGAUCUUUACCCGUCAACGACAACCAAAGGCAGCUGCAUUUGUUCUAAGAGACAGAUACUGGAAGCUUGCCAAUGAAUCAAAUUGUCUCCGUCCAACACUCACAUUACAAUUUAUGAGUGGGUAUUAAGCUCAGAUGUUUUCAUUAAAUAAUAUUUUGCUUAAUGUUUACAUUUUACUGAAAGCUAAUAUUACAGAAUUAGUGCAAUGUAUUUGAAAUAGUACUAAAAUAAAAAUAUUUCCAUAC